AUUGCCCUCUCUAUGCUCAACAGGAACAUAAAUAAGCUGACAUCACAUGUAUCUCUUGUGAAGAUUUUGGUGGGACCCCAUACUCCUUUAACCUUUGAAUGCCAUUAAAAACUCCAUUUUUCUAAUCAAAUUUCUCUUGUUCAAGAAUCAAUCCAUGAUUUGAAUGCAUAUGCUCACAUAUUUCUUUAUUCUUAGUUGCUAGACACUUCCAGUCUUGAAUACCUAAUACUAGUAGGAGUAUUACUUGCUUGCCUUGUAAUUCAAAUUCCAAGUUGGAAAUUUUUUAGGCAAAUCUUUGGAGAUCUUGCUUUGUGAGUUGUGGGAUUUUGGUGGGACUUAAAUUUCAUUACAUUACAUUACAUAUCUCUGAUCUCUAUUUUCUUCCUUCUACUUUUGCUUGAAACAAAGUGAAGAAUAAAAAAGAACCAAACUUUUUCCCUUCCAUCAUUCAUUACUUUCUUCUUCUUCUUCUUCUCUUGAAUCUCUCAUCACUUUCUGGGGCUUGUCACAAAUUUGGAGCAAUGGGAUUGGCUACAGUAGAAGCUCAGUUUCAUGUUUUAGCUGUUGAUGACAGCUUGAUUGAUAGGAAGCUUAUUGAGAUGCUGCUGAAGAAGACUUCUUACCAAGUUACUACAGUUGAUUCUGGUAGCAAAGCUCUGGAAUUUCUUGGUUGGAAUGAUGAAAACUCUAAUGAAGCUUUUUUCUCUCCCAAAACUAAUCAGGAGGUGGAAGUAAAUCUUAUUAUUACAGACUAUUGUAUGCCUGGAAUGACAGGCUAUGAUUUGCUCAAGAAAAUUAAGGAAUCAGCAGUUCUAAGAGAUAUACCAGUAGUAAUAAUGUCCUCUGAGAAUGUCCCCUCAAGGAUCAAUAGAUGCCUAGAGGAAGGGGCAGAUGAGUUUUUUCUAAAGCCAGUGAGAUUAGCAGAUGUAAACAAGCUUAAGCCCCACAUAAUGAAAACCAAGACCAAGGAAAGUCAAAAGCCUGAAAACCAGGAUGAUAAUGAUGAAGAAAAUCAAGAAAGUGAAGAGAAUAAUAAUAGUACUAGUAAUAAACAAGUAGAAGAAACACAAGACCAAUUACAAUCAGAAUCUCCAUCACAACAGCAGCAAACAGCAUCAUCCAACAACAAUAACAGUAAAAGGAAGUCUAUGGAUGAAGGGGUUUCACCAGACAGAACAAGGCCCAGAUACAAUAAUGGCCUCACUGUUAUGUCCAACUAAAUUUUUUUCUUUUGUCAUACUGAUAAUUGUUUUUUUGUGGGAAUAUAUACUUGCACUUCUUGUACCGUUAUGCGUGACACAUAUGUGACAAAGUAGAAAAAAUUUACGCCCAAUUUUGUAAUCUAAUUUAAGGAUGACAAGUAUAUUUAUGUGUGUGUGUUUGUAUGUGUACUGUAUCAUUUGUUAAUGGUUUGUUAGUGUAUUGGGAUUUGAUUUGAUUAUGUUUAA